UUUCGUUCAAAUUCAAAAUAAAGGCGAAAACGGUGUCAAUGCCAAAGUAGGAUCUUUAACAAAAGGAUAUCGAUUGUGUCAGCGUUAUGGAACAUGUCAGGGCCGCAACUAGCCCGAAUAUAUUCUUAGCCCUACGACGGAAAUUCGGCGAUUCAUGUUUAGAUCACAUUCAUUUAAAAACAUCACGUGCCUACAUUCGAGAUCUCAUUACAAAAGGCAGGUGUCACGCGGAACAUGUUGCGAGAGAUGCGAUCAAUUUGAAAACAUUCACAUCGGUUAUGAAGUGGGCAAGAGACAAUCUAUACAACGCCUCAAACGUGGCUCUAAGUAUAUGCUAUGGAUCUAAUCUGAUAAGUCCGAUAGUGAAUACGCUAGUAGAUCAUUUUUUGAGUUUGUUCCCAUACGCUACAAAAUUUGAACUAUUUGGACAUGGGAUUGAAGACCAACGUUUAAGACUUCAUCGGAUGCAAUAUUUUCUACAACAGACUGGGCAGGCACUUCUAAAUCGACGGUAUAUUCCGGUAGGUAACACCGAGAUGCAAAGGUCACUUUUGAGCCUAGAGAAUUGGAACGGCAGGGACUCUGGCCCAUCAUUGAUGGUGCUCCAGAAAAAAUUUGGAUUGGUGCUCACUCCUUUUCUUCAGAUCUGUAUCGAACUUAAUCCGGAUAUGGUCAUGUUGUUUUUAAGGCACGGAGCACAACCUCUAGCAUACACUCACAAUGAUAGCCCUCCAGCCCUCUGCAAGCUCCAAAUGUACCCCUUUGCCAAGGUCAUCGGCGCCAUAAAUAACUGCGCAAAUUAUGAAGACGUAGGACAUGCGGACAGUGAAACAUUGAAUAAAGCUAUAAAAUGCAUUCAGAGCAUGUGUCAGGUUAUACCACAUGUAAAUAUCAUCGUAUUAAAUGAAUCUGCAGAAUAUUACAGCCGAUAUACACGUAGACAUGAUGUUUUACAAAAACCAACAUUUUUCUUGCGUGAGAAAUUCAUAGACGUGUUGCCGCUAAAUAGAUGGCAGCAUCCGUCGGAGCUUGUACACCUUUGCAGAUGCAGAAUACGGAAUUCACUACGCAAGAUACCACAAGACAUUUUGAGUCUUCCAAUACCAAAUCCAUUGAAAAGAUAUUUAGAUUUGAAUGAACCAUUUGGUGUCAAUUUUUAACGUUUCCAUAGAUUCAAUUAACAAACUGAAAAUUCUUGAAGAUCGUAUAGGAGUCCAAUAGACCCGUGCCCCAGGCACCAGCAUUUACAUGAUUAACUAAAUCUGUAUCAUUUAAGGUAUCAACAAUUCUAGAGCAAUUCAAGCCCUAUCUCCAAAAGCAUCAUCAGCCUGUAACAUUUGAACCCAAUCCGUCAACUGGUAUAUUUGAGUUAUC